UCGCGGUAGUUGCGGCAGCUGAGAUCCUAGCAGAGCAGAGCAGGGAACUUGACAUGUCAACAAAACAGAUAAAUUAUCACCACACAGGCAUGUAAGGGAGUGCUGGUGUGGAAUAGUCUGACAGGUAACACCUCAGCUGGACCCAGUCCUCCUCCACCAGCAUCCUCAUCUGCGGUCUUCAUGACAACCCCUCCGCUAGUGUCACCUUUUGGCGGGCAGCCACCACCGCCUCAGCAACAGCAGCAGGCCCAGGCAGCACGUGAUGUUAACACAGCCUCGCUGUGUCGCAUUGGCCAGGAGGCAGUCCAAGACAUUGUCCUCAGGACCAUGGAGAUCUUCCAGCUCCUCAGGAACAUGCAGCUGCCUAAUGGAGUCACUUACCAUCCAAACACCCACCAGGACAGGCUGGGAAAACUCCAGGAGCACCUACGGACUCUUUCUGUGCUGUUCCGUAAGCUGCGCCUCGUCUACGACAAAUGCAAUGAAAACUGCGCGGGGAUGGACUCCAUACCUCCAGAGCAACUGAUACCCUUUGUGGAGGAUGACAGCUCAAAACACGAGGAUCGCUCAGCCGGCCAGAGCCGCCCUGCCACGGAGGAGAGGAGAGAAAUCCUGGAGGUCAACAAGAAGCUAAAGCAGAAGAACCAGCAGCUGAAGCAGAUUAUGGACCAACUCCGCAACCUCAUCUGGGAGAUCAACUCCAUGCUGGCCGUCAGGAGCUGAGCCACACAUGCACAUUCAUAUAAAAAACACACACACACACACUCAUACAUAUACUAAUGGACAGGAAGAUACGGUCAUUAAAUGGACGUGUGACAGGGUACCACAGACUGGCUGAGACUGCACUUUACAGAAGAAAUAGGGACUUAGAAAUGGGGACUUUGGCAAUAUGAACCCAUAUCCUGAAGAAGACGUGAAAGAGUAGAAGGAAAAACGAGAGGAGAGAAAUGAAGAAGAAAGGGCUUGACAGCACAGGGAGGUGAGGGGAUACCCAAUAAAACACUGGGAGGAGGGAGGGUGCUGAUGACAUCAGCGUGGGUGAUGGCAGAAAAUAUUCUGUCUACCUCGAUAUUCUACAUUUUAAUCAGCAUUAUGACAUGACUCUUCAUGAUAUAUCAACUCUGAAGAGUUGAUAUAACAUGUUUUAUCUAUUGGUAGGCACUAGCUCAUUAGAGGGUUUAUGCCUGUAUAGACACAUUGAUAUAUUCUAUUUAAUCCUCAAAUUAUUGUUACUUUCAUAGUAUUAGAAUAAAGUCCUAAAUUUAAAUGACAAAGACACUGUGGCAAAAUUAUGAGUCGUAUUCUUCUUAUAUUGAUCGGACUUUUCUAUGUGAUGUAAUAUAUAAAGUCACCAAUGUUAAUUUUAAUGUUCUACUCUGAUUUGACUUGACCUGUCAUCAUGAUGCCUUCUUAAGGGUUCUGCUGAACUAUAAAUCUUGCUGUGAUUUUUGAAAAAAAAAUCAAUGCUGUUGUGUGCUGUAAUUUUUGUUCAUCGGUGUAUAUGUGUGUAUUCAUCAAGCAUCUUAGAAUCACCCCAAGUAAUCGCGCUAAAAGUGAAUCUAGGACUAGAAACGCUCGGAGCAGUUUUAUGACACGCUGAGCUGCAAAGUAAACAUUUUAAUGACA